GCGAUGUACGAAAAGACCAUUGGAGAAGAUGAAGAUGGAUGGUGGAAUGAAGAUCAAGAAGCCACAGGCAAUCAAGGAUCAGCAGGAGGAGCUCUGUGUUUCUAGAUUUCAUGGCUGUCACCUUGCCAAGCAUCAAGACUGUCUGAGGAAUACUAUGGCUCACCAUGGAAUGCUGCAUCAUGAUUCUGCUCUGACCUCUGCUUCUGUCAGCUGUCAUCGUCUAAGCCACGCAGCAUCUGGGCAUUGUUUGGAGCAUGAAUUAUUCAGCUAUCCAAAGAGAUGCUUGCAAUGCUGGGGAAAGAAGAUGGAAGAAAAAGGGGGAGGUUUUUUCAAGGAACAACUACAUAUGCUUGAAUUAAGAGCAGCUUUGACAGAACAAGAAAAACAUUUUGAGAGACUACAGAUGAAAAUAAAUCACUUACAAGAUGAUCUCAAGAACUCUGAGCUACGCGCUACAUUACAGGUAGAGGAGUUGAAGGACUAUCAUGGGUCAUGGAUGUGUGAAAUAGAUGUGGAUCAUGUAGGAUCACAAAUGAACAGAACAGGCAAAAAAAGUUAUGUGUACAUAUGGCAAAAAAGUAGUAAUGAUAAAAAAACUGAAGAUGACACAGAAAACAUACAGAAAGAACAUGAAAGUCUUGAAAAGCAGAGUCCUAAAGUGGUACCCCAAAAUAAUCUAAGCAAGGGAUGGCUUGAAGCUUCCAUAGAAAUGCUCAAAAAAAGAGAUUCUAAAUCAGCCGAAGAAAAUGUACUGGGAUGGCUUCAAGAAUCCAUGGACAGACUCAAACAGAAAGGGUCUGAAGCAUCAACACAAAGUUUGGAAGAAUGGCUUACAAAAUCCUUUAACAAUCUUGAGAAGGAAUGUUCCGAAACUUCCAGACAGGAUGUGAAAGAAUGGCUUGAAGUAUCCAUAAGUUACCUCAAAGAAGAAGGGCCUGACACAUCCCAUAUGAACAUCGAGGAAUGGCUUGAAGCAUCCAUGAAAAGCAUACAAGACCUUCAACAGCAAAAUUAUGAAGCAUCCAAAAUGAAUAUGGAAGCAAAUUGUGAGGAGGUGGUGCCAGUGCCUCUAUGUUCCAAACAGUGUAUAAAGACCGGAUGGCUUCAAGAAUCCCUGGAGAAUCUCAAAACAAGAGGCUCUAAAUCAUCCAGAGAGAAUGUGCAUCAAUGGCUUCAAGAAUCACUUAAAAGUCUUAAAGAGCAAGCUUCUGAAGUACCCCAAAAGAGCCUGCAGGAGUGGCUUAGUGAAUCCAUCAGGAAUCUUCAAGACACAGGUCUUGAAACAUUCAGGCAGGAUGUGAAGAUAUGGCUUGAAACUUCCAUUAAAAAUUUCCAAGAGGAAGGGCCUGAAACAUAUUGUUUAAGUGUGCAAGAAUGGCUUGAGGAAUCUUUGAAAAGCCUGCAAGAAGUAUCAAAACAGGAUGUACAGGGAUUGCCUAGACCAUCCAUGGAAACCCCCCUACAGAAUGGUUCUGUAGCAUCUAUAAAAGGCCUCAAGAAAGGAAGCACAGGUGCAUCUCAUAUAACUGUGCAGGAUCAAAGUAUCAUGGAAAAUCAUGAAAAAUCUAGACUGAAUGUGGCAAACUGGCUUCAAGAAUCCUUAAAGAGCCUCAUAGAUGAAGGUCCUUUGGCAUCCAGGCAGAAUGUGCAGGAAUGGCUUGAAGAAUCUUUGAAAAGUGUGGAUGAUGAAUAUCCUGAGGCAUCAAGAAAGGAUUUGAGGGAAUGGCUUGAAGCAUCCAUAAAGAGUUUCCAAGAAGGAGGUCCAGAAGUACCUGGGCAGAACUUGCAGGAUUUCCUAAAGGCAUCAAUUAUGGACAUUAUAGAGGAAGAACCUGAAUCAUGUGACCACAGUGUGAAAGAAUGGCUUGAAAAAUCCAUAAAAAGUGUUAACGAGGCAGCCUCCAGAAUAAAGGUACAAAAAUGGCUUGAAGGAUCAAUGAAAACUCUUGAAGAGGCAGGAGCUGACAUAUCCCAACAGAACCUUGAACAAUGGCUUGAAACAUCCAUGCAAAAUCUCAAUGGGAGAUGCUCUGAAACAUCUAAACAUGAAGUGAAAGAAUGGCUUGAGGCAUCUCUAAGGAACCUCCAACAGCAAGGUCUUGAUGCAUCUAAAGUAAAUUUAAAAGAAUGGCUUGAGGCAUCUGUAACGAGUCUUAGAAAGCAAGGUCCUAAAGAAUCCAUAACAGAUGUGCAGGAAUGGCUUGAAGAAUCCAUACAGAGUCUUAAGCAGGAAGCAUGCAGACUAAAUGUUGAAGAAUGGCUUUCAGAAUCCCUGGAAUACCUCCAGAAAGAAGAUCCUGAAGCACUGAAAGAGGAUGUGAAGGAAUGGCUUGAAGAUUCCCUCGCAAACCUUCAUGAAAUAUGUCCUGAAGCAUCUAGACAGGCUGUAAAGAGAUGGCUUAAAACAUCCAUGAAGGGUCUCCAUGAGGUACCCAAAGAGGACCUUCAGAACUUCUUAAUGACAUCGAUGAGCGAUCUCAGAUUGAAAAGUCUUGCAGCAUCUAGAAAAAACAAUAUGGACUGGCUUAAAGUGCCAGAGUGCUUAGUGGAAUCUAGAGAUACCUUAGAGAAAAUAAAGCACAACUUAGCUAGAAGAAAAGUAUACUCGGCACAGCAUGAUGCCUUCGGACCCAAGAAAACCCAAACAAACUUUGAGCGAGAAGAACCUGCUGUGCCCCAGCUAAUCAUUUUUCAACCAAAACAGGCUUUAACCAGGCUAUGGAACAUCAUCUUAUGGUACAGGACUCACCCCUUGAAAUUCUUCAAUCACCUUCUGUGCAUUCUCAUUCCCUUCAUGCUGCUGGUUGCCGUCUACAAAUAUUACCAGCAGUGCUGUAUAACCUGCUUAUUCCAGCGUGGCCUUAGACCUCACUAACCAUACCAGCUCUUGGCAGCAUCUUGAAAAUACAGAGGGAUUUUGUUAUAUUUCAUCUGGAAUUGCAGUUUUG